CCAUGCACAAAUUAUUGAAGGAAGUUGUUAAAGUCUACACCUAAUUCCAAAAACUAGGACCAACUUACUUAGAUACCUUUGAUAAUCGUGCUAUUACUGAAGCUACAUUCGAAGCUGUUAAAACGAAAUAAUUGCAAGAAUAUAUCAAAAAAGAAUUUAAACCUAUUGGAGAUAUAUCAAUGUUACCUAUACAUCUUGAACCAGAACAUCGUUUCACUAUUGCUAUGUUUGCAUUACGACCAGGUGUUAGAAUGCCUUUACAUGAUCAUCCCAAUAUGUUUGUUUUGAGUCAUGUUAUGAAUGGAUUAGGAGAAAGAGAAUCAUGGGAUAUUGAUCCUAUUGAUCAUCAUCAAUAAAUUGAAUUCAGAAAAAACAAAGGAGAUUCUAAAAUUUUGAAGGCAAUUCAAUAUCCUAAAUUAUAAUUAAAAGAAGGUGAUAAUUGUUACACAACUCCAAAUAAAUGUAAUUUACACAAGUUUUCUAAUGUAUAUUAUUUUUUUAUACUUUCUAGAUUCAUUAAUCUGAAUUAUUUAUGUUCCUUGAUGUUAUUUUGCCUCAUUAUAAUGGAGUUGAUAGAGUUAUCAACUUCUAUGAACCAUUUAGUGAAAACUAAUUGGAAUUGAUGGGAAAUCCUAAAACCUAUUAGAGACAUCCCAUUGAUGUUGAUGAUAUCAGAGAAUUUAUUGUUUAAUGAAA